AUGUCACUGAAAGUUGGGUCCGUUCUUUCUGGGAUAAAAUGGAGAUAUCGCCUCAUUGAUCGCCUUGGGGACCACACUGUCUUUUCCAGCGUGUUCAAGGCUGAGAUCCUACCUGGCAGCCAGAGUAAAGUACCAACAAAAUUUGCCGUUAUAAAAACGACUGAUCCUCAGGUAUGCUCCAAGAAAAACUCCCUUUUUAGGGAGUAUAAAUAUCAUAAGGCGUCUUCGAUCAAUGCAUGUCCCAGUAUCCGAAAGAUGUAUGACACUAUCAAUGACCCCAAUGACUGGACAGCUGAAAAGCCAUUUUGUCUUGCUUUGGAAUGGAUGGAUACUACCUUAGAAGAUGUCCCUGCUGUUAUACCUCUCCGAAGUACAGCACUGGCUAAGGCCGUUGUUGAGGCAAGCCUUCAUGCAUUUGUAGCAGCAGAUCAAGAAGGGCUCGUCUACACGGAUUUGAAACCCUCGAAUGUUCUUCUUUCCGGUGUCGAUGGGCCGUCCCCGCAGGCAAAAAUUGGAGACUUGGGAGUGAUGGGACCUGAGGGUCUUAAUGAGAGCUGGCUUCAACCUGAGGCUUUCCGUGCCCCCGAGGUGUGGGUAUCAGUGAGCUGCUACCACAAGUCUGAUGUAUGGUCUUUGGCUGCCCUGAUGUUGAACUGGAUCGAUAAUGGCAUUGUCGGGAAUCAUGAUAACAAUGGCUCUUUUCCGCCUAUGAUUUGGUGCCUGGCAAAACUUAUGCGUCUCUUCGCCACUGAAAAUAAUCCGAUAGUGCCUCCCUCUUCUACUGCUAGCAAAGACCUGCAGCUCUCCUUCGAGUAUGCCAAAAAACUUGUGUCAGCGGCACGACCUGAUAAUCCUAAGCAAUACAUUCUGGAUACGCCGGGGUUUGACGAGUGGGCCGCGGCAGCAGAGGCAGCGGAUCUUAUACCGAAAGUGGUGUUGGACAUGAUUCGCUUUCUUGCUAUUCUUGAUCCCGCAAACCGACCCACAGCAGCCCAAGCCCUCGUGUCGAAUGAAUUCAAAGCCCUUGAAGCUGCAGCAGCUUUAGAAUCCAAAGGCUGA